CGCGGGCGCGGGCGCGGGCACGGGCGCGGACGAUGAAGUGGAGCGUCCGCGGAGCCUGCGCCGCGCUCUCCUCCGGCCUUCUGCUCGCCUGCGCGCUCAGCGCCGCCGCCGUGGGGCUCAAGUGCUUCUCUCUGGGCUCCGAGCUCCGCGGGGAGCCCUUCCGCCUGGGCACCGCCGCCGGCGCCUUCUACUCUGGGCUGCUCUUGGCCGCCGGCCUGUCUCUGCUCGGCUCCGCCCUGCUCUGCUGCCGGCCCAGGGACGAGAGCCCCGCGGGGGCGGUGCCGGGCGCCGGUGCCGGGCCCGGGGCUGUGCCAGGCGCGCUAGGGGGCCCGGAGGCCGAGCCCGAGAGCGGAGCCGCGGAAGCCAGGGCUGUCGCCGCCAUCCCCGGGAGCCAGAACUUCCUCCUGCUCGGAGUCUUGGUCUUUAUGCUCGGGGUCUUGAGCGCCUUCGCCGGAGCUGUGAUCGACGGCGACACCGUGUCCCUGGUGGAGCGUAAAUACUCGCACUACUGCCUGAAGCCGCGGGCCCUCGGCCCGGCCUCGGCCCCGGCCCCCGCGCGAGCUCGCAGCCCUUUGGACAGCUCCGAGAAUGCCCCGGCGGCAGCACUGGCCCCGGCUCCGGCCCCGGCCCCGGCCCUGGCCCCGGCCCCCGCUCGCGCCCGCAGCACCCUGGACAGCUCCGCGUCGGCCCAAUGUGAGAAGCUGAAGGACUACCAGCGAGGCCUCGUCAUCUCCACCGUCUUCAACUCGCUCGAAUGCCUGCUGGGGUUGGUGAACCUGCUCCUCGUCAAGAACUACAAGUCGUCGCAGGCGCGACGGGGCCGGCGGAGCCGGCGGAGGGGCGGCCGGGGCGGGCGGCCCCGCGGCGGCCCGGGCUCCCGCCAGCACGCGCCCGCAGCCCGGCAGCAGCGGCGGGGCCGGCGAGGCAAGCGGGGCGGGCGGCGGCUGCUGCAGCGGCCCAGCGAAGGCUCCCUCUUCUCCCCGGACGAGGCCGACCUCCCCUCCCCGGGCCUUAGUGGCGGCGGCUGCGGCGGCGGCUGCGGCCCCUUCCCCGGGGCGCGCCACGCCGUCUCCUACAUCAACGUGGGCGUCUUCCACGCGUUCGACGAGGCGGGCGUGGAGGUGCGCUGCGGGGGACACCCCUCGGUGGAGCUGCCCGGCUACUCUCCCUCAGACCCGGAGCUCCAAGUCUCCUACCCGUACUGCUGCCGGCCCCCCCACGAGGACGUCUAUCCCCGGGAACCCGGCAGGGUCAGCUGAGGCACGCUCCCAGCAGCCCAGCCCAGGGACCGGCCGCCUCAAGCCCAAAUUCGUGCCGGAGAUUCGUGUUUCCGUGGGCAGGCUGGGGGGACAGGGCGUAGGGGGCCGCGGCCCUUGCCCAUAGCGGAAAGGGAGAGCCGCUUCCCUCCUGGUUGGCACUCCUCGGGUCGUCCCCGGGACCCCGGUGCCAGCUUCUGCCCGUCCCUUCUCCGGCUCCCAGCCUCAUCCCGCUGUCAGUAGCAGAGGCUCUGGCUGCUGGCCACUUCGGUGGAACUGGACGUCUGGGAUGGGCACCCAGAAGGGAGUACAUUUGUAUUCAAUUUUUAUGUCUGGGGACUUCCCUCCUCUCCUCUGUGUCUGUUCGAUAUCCGGAUUCCGUUUUAAAGUUUACAAUAAAUGUUUAUAGGUUGGUUCAUCCAGCCACGUUUCUCUUUGGCAAGUCGUUUUGGUCAAGGGAAGCCCCGGCAGCAGCGCAAAGCUACCCGAGGGCCAGGAGCGAGGCAGACGUAGGGGGAACUCCAAGCAGCCUCUACAAGCGCCGGCCCUCCACCGAGAAGAGCCGGAGAGGGUCCUGUUGUGUUGGUCGGUCUGGCGAGAUCCUGCUGUGUGACUGGAUGUACCCUCAUCCCAGAGUGCCGUGAGUUACACUUUGGUUGUUUCGAGGUAGAUACACAAGCCAACCUGCACUUUCCAAGAUAAAAGAAAAGAAAAAUGAAGAACGACAUUUUUUUUUUUUUGUACACGAAUGUGCCUGCUUUUGUUGACAAUUUCUUACUGUAAAAGCUUUCCAGUGAAUGGUGAAAAUGUUUGGUAAAUUUAUUGCAAUUUAAUAGCAGGGGUUUCCUUACUUAAAAAAAAAAAUUUGAAAUGCUACUGGAGAAUUCCAAUUAGAAGAGAGUCAAAGGCUAUCUACGCACAAAACGGUUUAGGAAAAGAAGGUGGGAUUCAAUUAGAAAUGAUUGUUUGAAAGCUACCAAGCAGGUCUGUUCAGUGGGUUAUUUGCCUGAAUCCAGCCUAUCUUUUCUUUCCUUUUUCUUUUUCAAGUUGACUGUUGUGUGUGUGUGUGUGUCUGUGUGUGUAGACACUGACACGAGGUCCCAUACAUUCCUCUUUUGGAAGCUAGUUCUGGGUUUUUUACUGCAACGCAGAGCUUAUUUUUGGUUAACACAGAUGAACAAUUCAAUCCUAUUUUAGACAAUUGCAGUCACAGUCUUUCUUGUAAAGACUAUCUUGAAUAUUACAGCACUUGAUUUAAAAUAUACCCCUUAAAUAGCCUUAAUUGCUGUGAAGUUCAUAAUCUUAAGUGAACAGAAUAUAUAUGUAAAAGUAUGUAUGUGUAUAUUACAAAUGACAUGUCAAUAUACAUACAGGCAGACACACACAUAUGAACUCUAAGAGAACACGUUGGCAAAAAAAAAUAAAACCUCUGGUAUUCUAAUCUUGCCACCAGAUAAAACAUCGCAGGACCCCUCUAGAAGAUUGGUGUGCUAAGACAGGGCUAAUGGCCUUAAAGACAAGCCCUAUCACAUCAGACUGACAUGAUAUGAGCUUUGAGGAAACAUUAUCUGAGCUGAAUCAGGAUGGUAUGGGAAGAGCACUGGAUUUGGAAUCAAAAUACCUGAAGUCAGAGGACCUGGGCUCUCAUCAGAGAUCUGCUACUUACUACUUGUGUGACCUUGGGCAAGUGACUUCACCUACCUGGGCCAGUUUCCUCAUCUGUAAAAUGGUUAGAUUAGACAAUUUUUAAGGUUCUUUUCAGCUUGAAGUUCUAUGAUCCUAUUAUCCAAAGGGGUCUUACUCUAGUCCCCAAAGAGAAUGCUUAAUCCCUAGUCCUCCAUGCUAAUUGGCAGACUCACAGCUAAGAUGGCAGAGGAAACCAAAAGAAAAUAUGAAUUCUCAUUUGGGACCUCAUGGGGGCAAUACUAAUAGCAGCAAUUUACAUUAAGCAAGAAAAGGGGAAAGAGUUGGGGAUUUUAUGUUUUGUGGUGCAUGGAGUUUACUUUUAAUUUUGAAAAAUAUUUAAAAUGAAUGGAUAUUGAAGUAAUCUAUAAAUCUGGGGAUCCUGGAAUCAGAUCAUACUUCCUGUGGAUAGCAGAAGGAGUGAUGGAUUUGGAGCCAGAGACCUGGGUUCAAAUCCUCAUUCUGCCUUUUUUCUAUUUAUGUGACCAUGGGGCAAAUCAUAUCCCUCUGUGGGCCUGUUUCCUCAUCUACACUAGAGGGUUGGACCAGAAGACAUCUAAAGGUUGUUUCCAACUCUAAAAUCCCAUCUUCUCAAACUGGGGCUAUCUUUGUUUAAAGGUUAGGUAAUCUUGGAUACCCCCCGCCCCUUAUAACAUUUGCUCCAUUGCAUUCCUUAUAGCAUCAUCAUGGUCCAUCUCUGUCCAGAACUUGGAAGUGCUGUUUCUACAACUGUCGAGGUGGUCCUUGCCAAUCAAAUAAUUCACAGAGUUUCAAAGCCAAAUGGAAAAUUGAGGAAACACCACAAAAUUUAAGCAACUCCCUUCUACUCUAAAGCGAUCUAUAUAUAUGGUACAAUAGAAAGGAGAGCUUUGUUAUUUGAUUCAUUUGAUCAUGUAGCUAGAUGAGCAUAUUAAUGCAAAGCAAUCAGCAUUAAGCUGAUGUUUGGCUCCCAGCCAGUAACCAUCAAAUUUAUCAGAUCAUUGGUCAGGAUCUGCUUUGUAUUUUAAAGACACAAAAAAAGAUGGAGGUAUUUGAUUUGUGGAAUUCAUAGAUAUAGAUUCAAAUUUAUACUUCAUUUUGCUUGCAUAGACAGUAGAGGAAAAUGACUUCUCUAGCCAUGUUUAUAUGCUUCCACCUUCUUGUUCACAUUUGUUUUACCUUGCAUACAAAAAUUCAAUGUAACAAGUACUUAUAAAGUGUCUAUUAAGUACAAUGCACUGUGCUAGGUGCUGGGGAUACAAAAACAAAGCUCUGCCCACAGGCAACUUAUUUUCUACUAGGUGAAUAUAACACAGGGAAAAGGGCUUAAGGAUUGAACCUUUCAUUUCAUUGGUAUAGGGAACUCACAAAUAAGAAAACUCAUUCCACCAAUGCAAGUUAGCAUCUUUUUGCCACUGAUGGUCUUAGGUUUCAACAUAUAAAUUUUAAAAAUAUAUUAAUGACUAUUUGAGGAAGUAGAGAGCAGUAACGACUAUGGGAAUACACAAAUCUACCAAUGGAUAUAAAAUUUCCUUGAUGUGGUUAUUCCCUCCAACAAAAAAGUUCAUAAUCUGUUUCGGACUACCCACCAAUGUUCUGGGAAGAGUUUAUUAAUUUCAGUUGACAUCAUGAGGAUACCAAUGGAUCACACAAGGAUAAUAACAUGGGAACUUGAGAAAUAUAAACUUAGGGAAUGGUGGCCAUAGAAUGUAAGCUCCUUGAGGACAAGACCUAUUUCUUUUUCAUAUGUGUAACCGCAGCUCAUUGCACAGUGCCUGGCACAUAGCAGGCACUUAAUAAAUGCUUGUUGAAUUGAAUUGGAUUACAGUUCCUAGGUACCAAAAAGUGUGAACUCUCCACUUCACCUUAGCCAAAUUCAUACAACACAAAGUGGCAGCCCAGGAGAGGUACAGUAGGGAACUGGCAAUUUUCAAGUUGAUUUGUUCAUUCUUACAGUUAAUCUACGUAAGUUGGACCCCAAAAUGGAUGACCACCAUAAUUACCCUGUUUGGCUGGCUAUCUUGAUCAGACAUUGGAUGAUUGCUAGAAAUCCCUUAUAUCUUGUGUUUUGCAGAUCAUGCUAGACUUGACAGAGUUUAUAUUUAGCUAUAAUCUUUUCCUGAGGAAAAGUAAGAUUUUUCCUAAUAUUAAAGAAUGGUAUGAAGUGGAGCACUUUUUUGGAAAGAUUGCUGAGUUGGAUUUGGAUCCAAUGACUCAGAAAAAAUACAUUCAGUAUUAGCUAAAUCUCAUAGUAUUAUUUUGUUUUCUCUGAUGUUUUUGAUGUGCACAAUUUGUACAAUCUAAACUGUCAAAUGCCUUAUGAGUCUUUUCAAAUUUGCAAUCAAAAUACAUGAAACUUUUUUUAGUCUUUUCUUGGGAUAGCACACACUUAUUUUUAGUUUCUGGUGGCCCUAAAUUCUAGACAUGACUGAUUUUCUCCUCCUUUGCUCCAGAACUUAAAGAUGAGAAAAGAUAUUCUCCCAUAUGGCCUCAUGGAAUGUUGGAAGUCUAGCCACUAUGCUUUAUGUCUAGCCACUAUGGAACAGGUUCUCUAAUUCAGAGAGUCAUUGCACAAGCAUGCUGGCCAAAACCUGAAGUUUUCCUUAUGGAAAUCUAGAUGGAAGGGAGAUUGUCCUUUCUUCUCUGGGCCCAAGAGAAAUUUAGUUCAAACAAGCUCAUGGGGCUAAUAAUGCCAAAUAGCAUUUUAGAGGCAAAAUAUGGUUAAUUCCAUAAACACCUAAUUCUAUUUUUUGGAGGUUGACAUAGAAUCAGAAUACCAACAUUUUAUUUUUUUAAUGGUUUUGCUAUGAGAAUCAAAAUUCCAAAUAUUCUGAAACUCAAAUUGUUCCAAAGACCAGUGCUCAGGGAAACCCCAUGGAAAAGGAAGGUCUGAUUGUUCCCGGUGGUUAGAAUUCUAGCUUCAGAUUUCUUAAGGAUGCUGAAUUUAUUAUUUUUUUAUUCAUGUCCAUUCCACUUUAUGGUAUUUUUUUCUAUCUGCUAUUUAGAAUCCCAGUUCUAUGCUCAUUCAGCUAUGACAUUGUUACUUUUCUUCAAAUGGACUUUUUUCCCUGUCAUUUUCCCACAAGUUUAUAUCAAUGAAAGGUACAGAAGUAUAUUAGAUAUGUCUCAGCAAGUAUAUAUUGAAUAAUUCAUCAUUUAUAAAUUAAUAUUUUUAAACUUCAUGCUAUGGUUUGAGGCAGUGGUGACAUUUCUGAGCUCAAAUUCAUACAUUGUUUAUUUAAAUAUAGAACAGCUGAAUUGGGGGAACAAGUGAUGUCAUAUACAGACUUAGGAAAGUAAACUUACCAGAAAAGCCAAGCUUUCAUAAAACAUUGGUUAAAUAAAACUCCUGUGGCCUGAGACCCCAAGCAAUGCAGUAACACUGUGAAGGUACUGGGGAAUCACUUUGAAACAGUAUUGAUUGAGGUAAUGGAUUUUUUUUUUGAGUGAAAAAUUCAGCUAAACUAUUAACUAUUUCAUUUUUUAAAAAUCAUUCAAAGUGAUUGCUUGUUCAGUGUCAUGUACACCAAACAAGAUUGGCUGAAUGGAUUCUUGUCCUGUGCCCAUUAAUUAGUAUUUCAAUGUUUUAUUGAGCUUUGAAGUGGUAAAUGUGGCCUAUCAGGCCUGACUGUGAUUCUUGUUACUUCUAGGAAUAUCAAAAAUUAUCUGUCACCACAUUCUGGUCAGCAGGGGCUCCAACAUAAAGACAAAAUAUGUUUCCUUUUUAGUUGCAUUAAUUUUCUGACCUGUAGACUGGAGGAUAUAUUGUCUUAAGGGAGGUCUCCAAAGGGGUCCAUAUUAGAGGCCAUUCUUUCUGGGUAGAAGCUUAGAGUAAUGGGUCCCUAGAGUUUGAAGAGGACAGUAGAAUUGGGCAAAAGGCAGCUUUUACACAUGAAAUACAAGGCCAGGUCUUCGGAACCCCUUCUGAUUACCAAAAUGUUAAACACUUGUGCUAAGUGUCUGUACAAACUGCCAUACCCAAUUGGAAGCAGGCUGCCAGAAUGAGAAUUAACAAUGUCCAGCAGUCUCAUCACAGAAUAAAGUGGAGUUAAGAUUUGGCAAUUACCUUUUUGGUUAAUCUGACCAGAGUGGGUAUAACCGUGACAUAACUGUAAUCUUGUUGAUAUGCUAUCUUUCUUCUUUGUUCAGUUCCUUGAGGGAUUUAGUUAAUGGAUGCACAUUUUCAGUGCUAUCCUUUGGUGCUGUCCAGUUAUUGUUGGCCAAAAAAUUAUUUCUUUCAUUUUAUAAUACAGUAAGACCUGAGGAAAUGAAUAUGUCACAGAGACUUGAAUGGAAAAUUACUUCUGACAUGUGAAUAAGGAUAAAUCAUUUCUAUAUCUCUGUAACUAUUUUUUAUAUGAGGGGAAAAGUUCCCACCUGUUGUCAAUUGAUAUCCCAUAUGCUCCAAAUAUAUUCACCUGAUUCUGUUUUUUCUUUUUUUUCUUUCUUUCUUUUCUUCUUCUUCUUCUUCUUCUUUUUUUUUGUAUUGUAUUUGACAAGACAGGAUACCUAUAAAGCCAGGGAUGGGGUGGGGAGAGUUUCAUUCUGUUCAGGAAUAAAAUGGUAUUAAAAGAUCAUGAUUCUUUUAUACAGUUUGACUUCUCUGAAGGAUUUCCUGGUGUUGAUGAGAGAAGAGCCUGGCUGUUGGUAUUGCAGAACUGUAUGUUUCAAAUCUAAUGUUGUCAUGUUAAAUGGUUUUUUAAGGUAUUUGGGUUGGGAGGGAACCUCUCACGUACCUAUGUGAAACCAUUCAAGGAAGCCCUAGUCUCCAUUUUGCCUUUUGAUCUGACUUUUGAUCCUCAGCAUAAUGUCAAUAAAUACUUUGUCAUUUCAGGAUUAAUAAAACCUGUUUUAAAGCACAGUGCAUCUAAUACAAGUAGCCUGAUGCCCUUGGCUCCUUCCUGGUGAUCUUAUGAUCUUGCAGGUCUACUGUAUUUCCUGUAAUUUCCAGGGAGCAUUUCAAGUGCUGAGUGCCACUCAUCUGAGUGAUGACAAGAUUUCAUUUCCAUUGGAUAGAUAAUUCAGGGAUGAUCCAUGAUAACCAAUGAUUCACCAAGGGUAGGAAUUGCUGAGCAAACAAAAAGACAAAUAGGAAAUUGCUUUAGUUUCCACCUACUAACAAAGUAAUUAAGUCAGAGCAAGAGUAUCUGAGCCUUCCCUCAAUCCUAGAAGCCUUGAUGGAGCCCUUCCCCUACAGUGUCCCAAAGAAACCACUUCUCCUUCCUGCCCUGAAGAACCAGCUGAAACCCCAGUUUAUCUAUAAUCAGCUGCUGGCUGCCCAUACCAUCUUUCUGGUUUCAUGUUGUCCUCUCCCUAAUCCACCAUUUUACUAAAAGGCUAUUUUCAUUGGGAAUUAAGAGACAACAUGGUACCAUGGAAAGAUGCUGGAUUUGCAGUUAGAGAGCUUGAGUUCAAGCUAUCUUAAUUUUUGAGUGACCUUAUUCAACCGCUUCUCAAUUUCAUUUGUAAAAUAAUUAGGUUGGAUUAGAUAACCUUUAAGAUUCCUUCCUGUUCUAAAUCUAUAUCAUGAAUAUUCUUCCUUUUGCCUGCUCCAUCCUUCCCCUUAAGUGAAUGAUGUAUGUAAUUGAGACAAUGUACUCUGGACAUGCAAAAUAUUCACAUUUAAUUAAUAUUCAUAUUAAUUAUCUAAGUGAAAAAAACUUCUGGUAUUUAUUUCAAAAUAUUUUCACAUGAGACCUAAAUCAGUUCAUCUGAAUUUCUUUAUGGACUAGGCAAAUAAACUCUAUUUAAGGUUACCCAGAGUAAAUCAAAAGCACUUGGCUUGAGAGAAAGAAGCAACUGGCUUUCCUGAUAAUAAAAUGUCAAGUUGGUCAAAACAUUAGUUUGCUGGAACUAUGAUCCUACCUGAUUUUUAUCACUGCCCUUCUUUGCUAUCUACCAAACCAUCAGCGUUUAUCAGUUACCCAUUUGCUCAGCCCUGUGUUAUGACAGAGUAGAAACAGAUCCAGUCCCUGACCUUAGGGAGUUUAUAGUCCAGGUAUUGAAAAAAAAAAAAAAACAGAGAUUUAUUCUUUAGGAAGGUCACUGUUUUGGAGAAGAUAAGACUCACAUGUAGAAAAAGUAGUGUGUAAAUAAAUAUCUUUGGGAUUAUAUCUUCAGGGAAUAAUCAAUGACACCCAGAUCCUAUUCUUGCACCAAACUGAAUCCACUGUUUUUCAAGCAUAUUUUAGAUAAUUUUUUCUCACUUUGUUUCCCCAUGUUGAAAUUGUGUUCUUUCCUACCACUCAAAUAGCUUGGGAUCUGCAAGUGUAUCCUGCCUUUCACAGGCAUUUCAUUACUGGGAAGAAAUUAAAUAUCUUUUGUAAACCUGAAGGCUUCAUCAUUGUAAUCCAUUUUACAGACAACAUAGAGAAAAAUCAAGCAAAGUUCUCUGAGCUAGAAAAGCAUUCAGUGGUUAUUUAGUCUACCAUUCUAUUCUUUUUGGGUUAGUUUUAAUUAGCAGAAUUUUCCACCCCACCCUGUGCCUUUCUGGAAAACAUAAUCUAGAGCAAAGCUUGUUAAAACUGAGUUUUGACCCCAUAUGAGGUUGUGUAACUGAAUGUGUCACAAAAUUAUGAUUUAUUAACAGCA